AUGAUGUACCUGGAAGAACAUCGAGAAGUUGGUGAUGGUCCAUCAAAAGCUGAAAUGCUAUCACAAGCACAUGCCGAAUAUUCUGAGCAUGCAAUGGAAGAUGUCAAAUUGGCUCGAUCGUUACGUGACAUGGGUCAAGACCUAAUUUCAUGCCACGAUGUUGAAUUGGCCGGUAGUUUGUUACCAAAAUGUGAUGAAUUGGAACGAAUGGCAGAUGCUUUAACUGGAGCUCUGGAACGUAGAGCUCAAGUGCUAAAACUGAGCAAAGGAAUGCAUGAACAAAUUUUAAACGUGAGUAAACGUUUUAUAGUUUAA